GUGUGUUUGCGUUGAAUGUAUUGUUCAGUGAAAGUGUGGUUGUAUUGAGUGGACCGCGAACUCAGCCCCAAAUCUGUGGCCAAACGGCGAUUGAGUCAACUAUUGUCGGCCUAAACAGCGUUUAAAUCGGCGGCCAAUGGUCUAAACGGCGAGCGAAAGGGCGGUUGAGAUUUAUUAUUUGCCAAAAACUCGUUGUGUUUCUUAACCACUGAUUUUGACUGACGAGGAAUGGAUGAGAAUCUGGUGGCCGUUCAUAUGAUUGAGUCAUCGGAAGGCACUUAUGUGACGGCACAAGUGAUGCCCGAAGACGACACCUACGAAGACAACGGCGACGACAAUGAGAUGAUUAACGCCACCGAAGACGCGGAUGAGUUGGAGGGCAACGAAGAGUUGGACGAAGAGGAGGAGCCGCAGGACGACCAGGAGUUGGAAGAGGCGGACGGCAACGAAGACAUGAUUGACAACUCGGAAGCGGACGAUAUAAUCAUCGCUGAGGCGGUUGUGGUCACGCAAUACAGCUGUAAGUUCUGUAACCGACGCUUCGAUACCAUUGACAAAGUGAAGAAUCACUACCUCUUGAGACACAAUACGGAUCAGUCGAUUGUGAAGCGCUUCUCCGGCGGCGGACAGCAGAAGACCGACGACAACGACGACGAGCACAACGACGACUCGCCGCCAAAGACGGCGAUUAAGCGGAAGAUUAAAAGCGAACCGCAAAACAUCAGUAAAUCCAAAGCCAAUCAAUACAAUCUCAAAGUCGUGUCCAAUAUUAUCACUGACGACACGCUUCUCAAGAAGAAAAGGGGUCGUAAACCGACUGGCGUUACCCGAAAGUACCCGUGCGAUUGGCCAGGGUGCAAUUACAUCGCCAGACACUCGGUUCACUUGAAAGACCAUAAGCGCACACACACUGGCGAAAAGCCCUAUCGAUGCAAUUGGCCCGACUGUGGCCUCAGUUUCAUUCAGGGAUCAGCGCUUAAGACACAUAUGCGAACCCACACCGGAGAGAAGCCAUACCCGUGCGAAUGGCCGGGUUGUACGCUCUUCUUCAGUCAGAAAAACAACGUGAAGGUCCACAUGAGGACCCAUACGGGUGAGAAGCCGUACGUUUGCGAUUGGCCCGGAUGUGAGUGGAGAUUCGCAGUGAAGGGCAAUCUCGACGAUCAUAAGAGAGUACACGCCGGCGAAAAGUUCUUUGUCUGCGACUGGCCCGGCUGUACCCGAAGUUAUACCCAAAACUCACAUCUCAGAAAACAUCAAUUGAUUCAUAUGGAAGAAAAGCCGUUUGCAUGCGAUUGGCCCGGCUGUCAAUAUCGGUCAGUGCGCGCGUGCGAUGUCACUAACCAUAAGAUCACUCACACCGGAGAGAAGAGGUUUGUCUGCGAAUAUCCCAAUUGUGGCAAAGGUUUCGCUCGAAGUCAUCACUUGAAGAGACAUCAAUCAACCAAUCAUUCGAUUAUCAUUGAACAAGAAGCUGAAGCCGAAGCAGAAACUGAAGAGAUUCAAGACAUGGAAGAGGAAGAUGUCGAAUGAAAAUGUGUACACCAUUUCAGUCCAAUUACCUCUAAUUAUUAUAUACUUUUAAUUAAUUUAAUUAAAAUUAAACUAAACUAAAC